AUGGAUUCUCCAGCGCCCAAUGCCGCCAACCCACCGGCGCCGGCGGCGGAGCCAGCAGCGCAGCCGCGGCUGCUGCCAGACUUCCUCCAGUCGGUGCGGCUCAAGUACGUGAAGCUGGGGUACCACCACCUCAUCUCCCACGGCAUGUACCUGCUGCUGUCGCCGCUCAUGGCCCUGGUGGCCGUGCAGCUCUCCACCGUGUCCCCGGGCGACCUCGCCGACCUGUGGGAGCAGCUCCGGUUCAACCUCGUCUCCGUGCUCGUCUGCUCCACCCUCCUCGUCUUCCUCUCCACCGUCUACUUCCUCACCCGCCCCCGCCCCGUCUACCUCGUCGACUUCGCCUGCUACAAGCCGGAGCCGGAGCGCCGCGACGCCAACCUCGACUUCCAGCGCAAGAUCCUCGAGCGUUCGGGGCUGGGCGAGGACACCUAUCUGCCCCCCGCCGUGCUCCGGGUGCCCCCCAACCCGUGCAUGGACGAGGCGCGCAAGGAGGCGAGCACCGUCAUGUUCGGCGCCAUCGACCAGCUGCUGGAGAAGACCGGGGUGAGGCCCAAGGACAUCGGCAUCCUGGUCGUCAACUGCAGCCUGUUCAACCCGACGCCGUCGCUGUCGGCCAUGGUGGUGAACCACUACAGGCUGAGGGGCAACAUUGUGAGCUACAACCUGGGCGGGAUGGGCUGCAGCGCCGGGCUGCUGUCCAUCGACCUCGCCAAGGACCUGCUGCAGGUGCACCCCAACUCGUACGCGCUGGUCAUCAGCAUGGAGAACAUCACCCUCAACUGGUACUUCGGGAACGACCGCUCCAUGCUGGUGUCCAACUGCCUGUUCCGGAUGGGCGGCGCGGCGAUCCUGCUCUCCAACCGGCGGUCCGACCGGCGGCGCUCCAAGUACGAGCUGGUGCACACCGUCCGCACCCACAAGGGCGCGGACGACAAGUGCUUCGGCUGCGUGACGCAGCAGGAGGACGAGGCCGGCAAGGUGGGCGUGUCGCUCUCCAAGGACCUGAUGGCGGUGGCCGGCGACGCGCUCAAGACCAACAUCACCACCCUGGGCCCGCUGGUGCUCCCGCUGUCGGAGCAGCUGCUGUUCAUGGCGACGCUGGUGGCGAAGAAGGCCUUCAAGGUGAAGAUCAAGCCCUACAUCCCGGACUUCAAGCUGGCGUUCGAGCACUUCUGCAUCCACGCGGGCGGGCGCGCCGUGCUGGACGAGCUGGAGAAGAACCUGGGGCUGACGGAGUGGCACAUGGAGCCGUCGCGGAUGACGCUGUACCGGUUCGGCAACACGUCGAGCAGCUCGCUGUGGUACGAGCUGGCCUACAGCGAGGCCAAGGGCCGCAUCGGGCGGCGCGACAGGGUCUGGCAGAUCGCCUUCGGCUCCGGAUUCAAGUGCAACAGCGCCGUCUGGAGGGCUCUGCGCACGGUGGCGCCGGAGGCCGAGGAGAAGAACCCGUGGGCGGACGAGAUCGACCGCUUCCCCGUCGAGGUUCCCAGGGUCUCCAGGGUUGGGAGCGCCUGA